AUGCUUAUUGGUGUUAUUACAAAUCUGAGAUAAGACCUACCAGUCACGUAUACAUCGUCCACACACUGAGCCAUAAAAAUGGAUGUGAAUGUUGCAACUACUGCAUCACUUCUACCCAGAGCAAAGACAUCAGGUUCAGACAGAUCGAGUCAGUGUGAGUGAGAGGAGCUAGAAUGAUGUUACACCAGGUUUUUCUGAUUCUGCUCCUGGGCCUGGGUUUGGCAACAGCUGAGCUAACAGGUGAAACAGAGAUCGACGUUGAUGAAAACCACGACUGGGACAUUGACAACAUCAACGCAGUGGUGGGUUUGAACCUGCUGGAGGGCGAUAUCGAGCAGAAUGAAAUAUUCUACAGAAACUCCAUUUUAGGACAUGAGUAUCGCUGGCCAACAACCAUUCCCUAUUACCUGGACGACAGUCUGGACAUGAAUGCUAAGGGUGUGAUCCUAAAGGCGUUUGACCAGUACAGACUGAAGACCUGUAUCGACUUCAAACCAUGGAAGGAAGAGAAGAACUACAUCUCUGUGUUCAAAGGCGAUGGAAUCUUUGUGGCGGUCAUCGCUCAGGUCCGUGCCAUGCGAGUGCGCACGGCAGCCGGUCCUCAACAGAGCUCGGUCAAAGUCGAGAGGUGA